ACCAGAGGAGACUCACCUACAAUCUUGAAGCUUCUGGUCAUCGUCUUUUCAUCUUUUACUUUGUUAUUCUUCCCCUCUCCGCUUCCCCACACGCUCCAAUUGACCUCAUCAUCCCCCACCAAAGUAAACCGUUGCUACCCCUCGUCGAUCGUCGCCCGUGCUUCCCGCCCCUCGUUGAGCUCUCGUUGAGCUUCAUUCUGAGCCAUGGUUGUUCAUGACGGUCACGAAUACCUCACUGAGGAAGAGAGACGUCUCAAGGAGGAUCGCGAUCGCACCAAGUACUGGAAGAAAUGGGGUCCUUACGUUGCUGAGAGACAAUGGGCUACAGUCCGAGAGGAUUAUAGUCACGAUGGAGACGCUUGGAGUCACUUCCCUCACGACCACGCUCGAUCGCGCGCAUUUCGUUGGGGCGAAGACGGUAUCGCUGGUGUCUGCGAUACUCACGGCUAUCAAAACAUUGGCUUCAGCUUCUGGAACGAGGAAGAUGAAUUCCUCAAGGAGCGUCUCUUUGGUCUCUCAAAUCCCCAGGGCAACCAUGGCGAAAGUGUAAAAGAGGCUCACUUCCACGUCGAUAACACUCCUCACUCGUACAUGAAAUUCCUUUACAAAUAUCCACAGAAAAAGUUCCCUUAUAAAGAUCUGAUCGACGAAAACGCUCGACGAGGAAAGGAAGAUAAGGAAUACCAGAUCACCGAUACCGGCGUCUUUGACGAAGACAGAUACUGGGACAUCUUCAUUGAGACUGCGAAAGAGACCGAUGACCCCGAUGAGAUCCUCUUUCGAGUCACUGCCUGGAACCGUGGCCCCGACCCUGCGCCUCUCCACAUCAUUCCCCAGGUUUGGUUCCGCAACACUUGGAGCUGGGGCCGUGAGCCAGAGGAGAAGAAGCCUUCAAUUAAAUACGUCGACGAGAAUGUGGCCAAGUCCAACCACUGGAGCCUGGGAGAGCGACACUUCCUGUGCUCCCCCUCGCCCGGUGUUGGCUCCAGCGGCGACGAUGUGAUGCCCCAAUUCAUGUUCACUGAAAACGAUACCAACUUCAAGGCCCUCUACGACCAAAAGAACAAGCAACCCUAUGUCAAGGAUGCGUUCCACCGAUACAUCGUCGACGGAGAGAAGGAGGCUGUUAACCCUGCCAAGACUGGCACAAAAUGUGCUGCAUGGUUCAACUUUAACGAAGACGGCGGUGUUAACCCUGGCGAAUGUGCUGUUGUUCGAUUCCGCUUCACCAGGAGAGACGAUAGCUACCUCGACGAGGAAGACUUCGACGAUGUUAUUGAGAGCCGCAAGGAGGAGGCCGACGAGUUCUACUACAGACUCAGUCCUCUUCCCAUGGCAGAUGACUUGCGCAACAUUCAGCGACAAGCUUUCUCCGGCAUGAUGUGGACUAAGCAGCAUUAUCACUUCAUCUGGGACCACUGGGCGAAUGGGGAUCCUACUAUGCCACCUCCCCCAGCUUCCCGGAAAGACAUCAGAAACUCGGCCUGGAAACAUAUGCACUGUGAUGAUAUUUUAUCCAUGCCCGAUUCAUGGGAGUAUCCUUUCUUUGCUGCUUGGGAUAGUGCCUUUCACUGUAUUCCAUUGGCAAUGAUUGACCCCGACUUUGCCAAGAAGCAGCUUGAUUUGUUCACUCGAGAGUGGUACUGUCAUCCCAACGGACAGUUGCCAGCAUAUGAAUGGAACUUUGGUGAUGUGAAUCCCCCAGUUCAUGCCUGGGCGACUUUCAGGACGUUCAAGAUUGAGCGUAAGAUGUAUGGUCGUCAGGACUUGGAUUUCCUAGAGCGCGUAUUCCAGAAGCUACUCCUUAAUUUCACCUGGUGGGUGAAUCGUAAGGAUGCCGAUGGCAAGAACGUGUUCGAAGGAGGUUUCUUGGGUCUGGACAACAUUGGCUUGUUCAACCGCUCAGAGCCUCUUCCCACUGGCGGUGUCCUAGAGCAAGCCGACAGUACUGGAUGGAUGGCGUUCUACUGUCUUUCUAUGCUUAACAUUGCUCUUGAGCUGGCCAAGCAUCGCCGAAUUUACGAGGAUAUCGCAUCCAAGUUCUUCGAGCACUUCAUCUUCAUUAGUGAUGCGAUGACCUUCAGAACCGGCCACAAGGACGAAAAGUCUCUGUGGAAUGAGGAGGAUGGCUUCUACUAUGAUGCUAUCUCCUGGGGUGGCCCAUGGAUCCAGCAGCUGCCCGUACGAUCGCUUGUGGGCUUGAUCCCUCUUUAUGCGACCAUUACUCUGGAACCAGAGUUGAUCAAUAGACUCCCUUCUUUCAAGAAGAGAGUUGACUGGUUCAUCGAGAACCGAUGCGAUCUGGCUGAGAGAAACAUGGCCAGUAUCCGAAAGCGAGGUAAGGGCAACCGUAUUCUGUUGUCCAUCGUAAGCAAGGACCGAUUGGAGAAGAUCCUCAAGCGCAUGCUCGACGAAGACGAGUUCUUCAGUGACCACGGUAUUCGCUCCCUCUCCAAGUUUCACAAGGAGAACCCAUUCUCCAUGGACGUCAACGGUCAGAAGUUCUGUGUCGGAUACGUGCCGGGCGACUCAGAUAGUGGUCUGUUUGGCGGCAACAGUAACUGGAGAGGUCCUAUUUGGCUCUGUGUCAACUUCCUGCUCGUGGAAUCACUGCAACGGUUCUUCCUCUUCUACGGACCAGACUUCCAGGUCGAGUGUCCGACUGGUAGCGGUGACUACAUGCACCUGGGCAAGGUAUCUGAAGAGAUUCAGCACCGUUUGCAGCACCUUUUCGCCCGUACUGAUGACGGAAGACGCAGCAUCAACGGUGGCGAUGAUCGUCUUGACUUUGAUGAGCACUGGAAGGAUUACCUUUGGUUCCACGAGUUCUUUGAUGGUGAUAAUGGUCGUGGUUUGGGAGCUACUCACCAAUGUGGAUGGACUGGACUGAUUGCUCGCAUGAUUCACGAUACUGGCGUCAACUGCCGUCUCCCUCAUACUCCUCGCACGCCUUCAAUUGCCAUGAGUCACUACUUUGACGACAUCUUCCAUCGAAGCGUCGACACGGGUGUUCCUCACUCUGGCAUGCCUCGCAUCAGGCGGUCGUCCACAGCUCGGUCAAUUGGUGCCCGCAGUGACUUUGACGAUGACACCCGCUCUGUGACUAACUCCAUCUAUCACGAUGAUCCUGAUCGAGCUAGGGAGCGCACUGAAGCCGAUGCUCACAUGCACAGCUACGUCUCUGAGCAGCUUGAGAGGUACAAAGAUGAUAAGAAGCAGAACUAUGAGCAUGAUGAUGAGUUCGAGACUAAAGCAUAGGAGGCUUGCACGGUUACUGUGUGAAUGGAAAGAUUGGCGCUUUCAAGAGGAGGAAAUAAGUAAUUGGGCGUUUUCAAAAGCAGGCCUUGUCAAUUGUGCCGUGUUCUGGAGUAGCAAGGUAUCCUGAGUUUAUGGGCUUAGACAUAUCAUUCAGCAACCCAAGUAGUCAUGAUACAGUAGAGGUCCUCCUCUUUCAUAUUGUUUUAUCUGUGAUGAAAAUCCAAUGACAUCACAUCAUGACAA